GCUGUCUUUUGUUUGCUGGUUGGUCUUUAAUCAAAGUUCAUGAUCAUACUCAUACCUUACUGUGUAGUACUCUGUGCAAAAAACUUGGUGAAAAAGGAUUUUUUCCGACUUCCUGACCCAUUUGCGAAGGUGGUGGUUGAUGGAUCUGGACAGUGCCAUUCUACAGAUACUGUGAAGAAUACGCUCGACCCAAAAUGGAAUCAGCAUUAUGACCUGUAUAUUGGAAAAUCUGAUUCAGUUACAAUCAGUGUGUGGAAUCACAAGAAAAUCCAUAAGAAGCAAGGUGCUGGGUUUCUUGGUUGUGUCCGUCUUCUUUCCAAUGCCAUCAACCGCCUCAAAGACACUGGUUAUCAGCGGUUGGAUCUGUGCAAACUUGGGCCAAAUGACAAUGAUACAGUUAGAGGACAAAUAGUAGUAAGUCUUCAAUCCAGAGACCGAAUAGGCACAGGAGGACAAGUCGUGGACUGCAGUCGUUUGUUUGAUAACGAUUUACCAGACGGACCUGCAUCUGAAUAUUCUAGCCCCGGCAGACCUCUUAGCUGCUUUGUUGAUGAGAACACUCCAAUUAGUGGAUCAAAUGGUGCAACGUGUGGACAGUCUUCAGAUCCCAGACUGGCUGAGAGGAGAGUCAGGUCACAGCGACAUAGAAAUUACAUGAGCAGGACACACUUACAUACUCCUCCAGACCUACCAGAAGGCUAUGAGCAGAGGACAACACAGCAAGGUCAGGUGUAUUUCUUGCAUACUCAGACUGGUGUGAGCACGUGGCAUGACCCCAGAGUGCCUCGGGAUCUUAGCAACAUCAAUUGUGAAGAGCUUGGUCCUUUGCCUCCUGGAUGGGAGAUCCGUAACACUGCAACAGGCAGAGUUUAUUUCGUUGACCAUAACAACAGAACAACACAGUUUACAGAUCCUCGGCUUUCUGCUAACUUGCAUUUAGUUUUAAAUCGGCAGAACCAGCUGAAAGACCACCAGCAGCAGCAGCAGCAGCAGCAGCAGCAGCAGGUGCUGUCACUGUGCCCGGAUGACACAGAGUGCCUGACCGUGCCGAGGUACAAGCGAGACCUGGUGCAGAAGCUGAAGAUCUUGCGGCAAGAGCUCUCCCAGCAACAGCCUCAGGCUGGCCACUGCCGCAUCGAAGUUUCCAGGGAAGAGAUUUUUGAGGAAUCAUAUCGACAGGUUAUGAAAAUGAGACCAAAAGAUCUCUGGAAGCGAUUAAUGAUAAAAUUUCGUGGAGAAGAAGGCCUUGACUAUGGAGGGGUUGCUAGGGAAUGGCUGUAUCUCCUGUCACAUGAAAUGCUGAAUCCGUACUAUGGCCUGUUCCAGUACUCAAGAGAUGACAUCUACACUCUGCAGAUCAACCCUGACUCUGCAGUAAAUCCGGAACAUUUGUCAUAUUUCCACUUCGUUGGACGAAUCAUGGGGAUGGCUGUGUUUCACGGACAUUACAUCGAUGGGGGCUUCACUUUGCCUUUCUAUAAACAGCUGCUUGGAAAGUCGAUUACAUUGGAUGAUAUGGAGUUGGUUGAUCCAGACCUUCACAAUAGUUUGGUGUGGAUACUGGAGAAUGAUAUUACAGGUGUUUUGGACCAUACCUUCUGUGUUGAGCAUAAUGCAUAUGGUGAAAUUAUUCAGCAUGAACUUAAACCAAAUGGCAAAAGUAUCCCUGUUACUGAAGAAAAUAAAAAAGAAUACGUCAGACUGUAUGUGAACUGGAGAUUUUUGCGAGGCAUUGAAGCUCAGUUCCUGGCUCUGCAGAAAGGAUUCAAUGAAGUAAUUCCACAGCAUCUGUUGAAGACAUUUGACGAGAAGGAGUUGGAGCUCAUUAUCUGCGGACUGGGAAAGAUAGACGUCGGGGACUGGAAAGUGAACACGCGGUUAAAACACUGCACCCCAGACAGCAACGUCGUCAAGUGGUUUUGGAAAGCUGUGGAGUUCUUUGAUGAAGAGCGGCGAGCACGGUUGCUACAGUUUGUGACGGGGUCGUCCAGAGUGCCUCUGCAGGGCUUCAAGGCACUGCAAGGUGCCGCGGGCCCCCGGCUCUUCACCAUCCACCAGAUCGACGCCUGCACUAACAACCUGCCCAAAGCGCACACGUGCUUCAAUCGAAUAGACAUUCCGCCCUACGAAAGCUAUGAAAAGCUCUAUGAAAAGCUGCUAACAGCCAUUGAAGAGACAUGUGGAUUUGCUGUGGAGUGACGAGUCUCAAGGCCUUUCCCGGGACUAUUUAUGCCCCUGACCGCCAGCCUGCCUUCAGCAGUUUCAAAGAAUGCUGAAGUACAGGAAAACCCAUCUCCCUCCUUCUUUGAAGUUUUAGGACACUGUGAGGGGAAAGGACAAUGUUGAAAUUCCUUUUCAAGGAAAAAAGGUCUUUGUGCUUUGCCAUGAGGACACACUCAGCUG